AUGUUGGGCAAGGCGAUGAGCUUCACCGCUCUGGUGUGCGUGGCCAUCGCGCUUCUCGUGGGCACCAUGACUCCCGCAGGAGCCGUGUGCAGCAACGGACUCGAGGGUAUCCAGUCGACCAGCCUGGACGCCUGGUGCGUGUAG